GGUUCCCGUUCAACCGGAAGCUACACAUAACCUAAAGUUGCGAAAAAGUUGACGUUGGCUGCUGAUGCUGAGACCAAUAGAUUGAACGCUGUGUUUAAGAAAAAAUACUAUCACAACAUAUUCUUACAUAUCGAUUUCGUGAUUAAAAAACUAUUGUCAUAUAUAAAUUGAAUCAUUUUUGCACGAGGUAUUACUUUUAAGUGAUAAAACUUUCACAUUAAACGUGGCUAGUCGCCUAGUGACUUUGAAAGUUUGAGUCUGUGCCUGUGGUAGAGUAACACUAAAGAAAAAAAUCUAGAUAUCAUUGACAUUGUGUGAUCGUGUGAAACAUUGUUCAUGUAUGUAUAUAAUGGUUAUGAACUUUAAAUAUAGGGUUACUACUGGAAGUCUGACAUCCCAUUUUAAACAGAGAAGAGCCAUGAAUGAAUUGAGUGCAAGAUAACUGUUGUGAACAAAAAUAUUCUAGAAACUUAGAAAGGUGGACUAUGAAUGUUAUUUGUAAUUUUUGUUUAGCUACUAAAAUCGUAUUGUUUUAAUAUUUAACUGCAUUUGGUUAUUACAUUAAUGUAUUCUGUCUGAGGAAGAAACUGAUUAUUAUUUUCUGUGUAAAGACUAAUCAUGGAGAAAGUUUUGUUGUUAUUGUCUUUGUUUGUAUUGGAAAACUGCAAUAGCCUGUCAUCACACUCUGCCUUGAGCUAUGAACAACUAUAUGAUCUCGGAAUGGACGCAUACAAGAAUGGAAAGUGGGAUAAAUGUUCGUCUCUCUUCCAAAAAGCAAUAGAUGAUUACCAUUUUUACAAAAGAACAUUGAUCGACUGUAGACUAAAAUGUAAGGACAAGAAGGCACCACCAUCAUUUAGUAAUAUUUUAGUGGAGGGAAAUUGUCUAAGAAAAUGUAAAAAAAAGGUGCUUGGUUUCCGUGCUGAGCUUGAAGUAUCGUUUGCGGUCAAUAAGAAGUUCGAAGAAAGAGCUCCAUAUAACUACAUGUCCUUUUGUUACUUUAAGGACGAACAAUUCAAGGCAGCGGCUUCUGCAGCUUUCACAUACUAUGUCACACACCCAGAAGAUGAGAGAACUCUCGAGAGUCUUCAGUUCUACCGAUUACAAAAAGGCGUGGAAGAAGAGGACUUUGUGGACAAAGAGAAAAGAUCUUAUCAGUCCCAUUAUAUUAGUGGCCUGACCGCAUACAAUGACAGAGAAUGGGUAACAGCUGCAGAUCACUUCCAGCAGAGUCUGUCAGACUACUUCAUAGAGGAAGAGAGGUGCAGGGUUGGCUGUGAAAACGGAUUUGUUCAUGGUGUCUUUCCAGAUUUUAUCAAUGCCAUUGCUGAUCAUUACCUGACAGUGUUGGUAUGUGAGCAGAAAUGUUUGAAGAUGUUAAGUACAUUCGGAACUGAUGAAGUGAAGGAUUUUGUUUGUGAGCAUUUCAACUACCUCCAGUAUGCCUAUUAUCAAGCAAAUAAUUUUGAGAAGGCGUUUGAGUCUAUUGCCAACUACUUGCUGUUUAAACCCAAAGAUGGAUUGAUGCUUAGUAAUAUAAAGUAUUACAUGGAAACUUUGGGAUAUUCUGCAGAUCUGUUUACACCAUCAAAGAUUGUCAGAGAAUAUGUUGACAUGUGGAAGGCAAUAGACUCUCAGUUGGACUUUAUUCGUGAGAGUUACAUUCUUCCUAAUGAUGUUAUCUCCCCUGAUGCAGAGGCAGUCAUGAAGGAUUCUGAGGAAGUGUAUCUUGAAGAUAGUUCACUGGCUGUGAAUAGGAGUGCAAAUGUCGUGGUUUUUGAGAAGCUUGGCCUGCAUCUUGUCAAUGAAGGCAAGCAAUUCAAGGGCAACGAUCGGUUCAUGGCUGACGGUCUGAUACGUGACGACCAAUGUGCAGCUUUGGCAGACUUGGCCAGAGCAAUGCCAGAAAAUGAGUUUGGUGUGAGAUCAGCAUCUCUAAAGGAUUCUGUCCAGAUAGUGUCCAAAAGCGAGGAUUACGAGAUCUCCAUGCGGCUGUUCUUCCGAGGGUUGGCUUUAAUGCGACUCUACACCUCCGCUUACUUUGAUGACAGCAGUCUUCACGUGUCUCAUGCCAGCAUUGUGUGCCGGUCAGGUGCGGUACACUCAGACUUGAGCCUGCCAGAGAGCUGCGUGCCUCAAGAAGAUGGGAGUUGUUGGAACCCUAACCUUCAAAAACCAAAAUACACUGUUGUUGCCUACCUGACGGAUAAUACUGAUGGAACAGGACAGUUCUACUUCAGAGGGGAUAAUGGACAAGUCCAAGCCAAGGUUGACCCGAUAUGCGGCAGACUGGUAGGCUUUGGACGUGACAGCAGGCACGGUUUGAAUCUCUCCUGGAGACAUGACAGGUGUGCUCUGGUGGUCCAACUGUCCAGUGUCCUGCCUGAGGAUCCAGGUAUUCAAGAGGUAAAGAAAUUGAUGGCAAAACUGGAUGAAGAACGAAUGAAGGGCCUUGAUGAAAAGGAUAAUGCUGCAGUAUUAAAUGAAUUCUACAAGCAAGGUGUAAAAGUCAGCCUUCACGGGGAGCAACUGUUUGGACGGGAGAGGUUUGUAGCAGAUGGAUUGUCUACCCCUGCUGAAUGCGAUCAGCUGAUCAGCCUUGCCAGGAGAGAGGGAAUCUCGGGGGAUGGUUACCAGGGGCGACCCUCCCCCCACUCGAGUUCUGAGCUUUACUCUGGACUCGGUGUGAAUCGAGCUUUAAAGCUUGGAAAGGUGGCGGGUGACGGCUAUCCCGAUGGACCGACAGAUAGCCCCAUCAAGACCAAGUUUGUCUCCCCUUACUCUAAAUAUGAGGUCUUUGAAGGGCUGAAUAUCAGUAGAAGUCUCAUGCUGGUAGACGAGAAUCGCAUCUCUGCCAACAUCCUCCACCUUUUCCUAGACAUCAGUGAGCAUGCCCGCUUGCUCGUGGAGAAGUUUUUUAAUCAAACAAGGCGUCUCUACUUUGACUACACUCACCUUGUUUGCAGAACGGCCCUUGAUGGUGACACUGAGGACGUAGAGAAAACCCUCAGUCAUCCAGUCCAUGCAGAUAACUGCAUCAUUCAGGACGAUGGCUCAUGUGAAAAGGACCCGUUGGCAUACGUUCAAAGAACUUACAGUGCUGUUAUGUACCUGAAUGAUGAUUUUGAAGGUGGCCAGUUCUUCUUUGCUCAUAAGAACAAAUCUGAACAGGUUUCCAUUUCUCCUACAUGCGGUCGCAUCGUUGCCUUCAAUGCCGGUGAGUACCAUGGUGUGAAGGGGGUCACUAAGGGGCAACGAUGUGCUAUUGCCAUGUGGUUCACAAACGAUCCAAACUUUGUGGAGGUAUCCAGGCUUCAUGCCAUUAGAAGAUUACGCAGUAUUGACUCUGAGAACAACAACGAAAAACACGAUGGACUUGAUGAUGAAUUUGACACUGCUACUGGCAGUAAUGAUAACAUUGAUAACAAGCAGUCCAAAUUAGAAAGGGAAUUGAACAGUGGGAAAACUGAAAGUGAUUUACAUAUAGUAAGGGAAGACAGACAUGAACAAACAAUGAAAGCUGAUAGUGGGUCACACAGUGGUGUGGAGGUAAGGCGGGAAUCUCUUAUGAAUUUGGAAGGUACAAUUGACUACAAUGCAGGAAGAAUUGAAGAUUUAUCUGAGAGGAAUGGUGAUGUUGAAUCUCGUGAUGAAUUGUAGUGGAUCUCAUAUAUAAUAUAUACAGCUAGUAAUGUUAUGGUUAUGUCUUAGAAACAUUUAUAUGAUGGUGGUCUAUGCAUUUAUGUAUUUAAAUACUUAAGAUCCAUUCAUUGUCAUUGACAUUAAUUUUUGUGGAUUAAUAAAAUAAAGUUUUUUGUUAAAUCUUAAAUUUGUGGAUUGUUUUAUAACCUCUGAUACAAGACUUUGUACUUGAACGUUUGUUGUGCAUUUGGUUUUAUGGUUUAGAGAAUGCAUAGAAAAUUAGUGUCUGACUUAAUAUUUUAUUUCAAUCAAUUGUGUUCAGGAAGAUAAACAUGUUAAAUCAUAAUGUACACAAAUUAAAUAUAUAUUUAAAAAAAAAGCAAUAUUAUGCAUUCUAUUUCUAAUUUAUAAAAGAAGAGCAUUAAGAGUUAGUUGUUGGUAAAAUUCUUUGAGUUUGGUAUAAAAUCAUAAUAUAACAUUAUAACAUGACCUACGCUCUAUGAGUGAAAUAACGUAGUGCUCAAUCUUGUUUAUUACACAGGUGUUAUUACACUAGUUAUAUAACUAAAAUGACGUAAUUUUUGUGACAAAAUGACGUCAUUAUUCAAGCAAAUUUCUUCAGUUAAACUCUUUUACAAUGUGAAUAAACGGUGAAAAGAGCAUAAAAUAAAAAGAAAAUUUGUUGGUCAUGUAAUAAAUAGAAUCUUAGAUUCGUGGUCAUUGUGUAUUGAAUUUAUUAAACUCGUCAUCUAAAUAAAGAUCAAAACUCGGCAAGCCUCGUUUAUCUUUAUUUAGAUGACUCAUUUAAUAAAUUCAAUACAAAACGACCACUCAUGCAAGAUCCUAUAUGUAUAUUAUAUGUGAAAUACAAAGAAAAUUGCAUUUUUUGUUCUACAGUAUUUAUCAUUCUUUUAUUUAUUGACUGGGUUUGCUUUUUAUCUUUCAAUAUGUAUUUUAUCUUAGGAAACAUUAUUAUCUUAAUGAUUAUACAACUGUUGCGAUAUUUCAUGGGAAAAACCUGCUGCAAUGUCCUGGAGAAUGAUGUCAAGUCUUCAACUCAAAUAUUUGAUAUCGGGUCAUCAUAAAACUAGAUUAUUAUAAUUGUGGGCUCAAUAUUUAGACCAAGUUUUAUAACCAGUCUGACUGCUUGAAGCAAAUCUGACUAUUUUGCCUUUGAAUGAUUAAAAAAUUUCCAAAUGAACUGUGCUAUGUCUCUAGUUCAAGGAGUGUAAAUAAGAUCAUCAUGAAAGUUGGUGAUGUUUUGGGGCAUAAUAUCUUUGCCAGGGUUAAUAACAAACUUGAUGGCUUGAAUAACUUUUAAAUUUUGGCCUAUCAAUUAUAACAAAAUUGCCAAUUAAAUUAAACCGCUUUUUAACUCAAACAAUUCUUUUCAGAUCUUUAUAGACCUAGGUAAUCAUGUUUUUGGGCUGAAUAUCUUGACCAGGUUUAAUAACCAGCCAGAAUGCCUGAAGCACUUCUGACUUAUGGCUCUUGAGUUUUAAAACAAAGCCUUUAUUAAUCUCUUUAUGUCACAUAGUUUCAUCAAACUAUAACAAUAUUUGGGUGCAUAACAAUUCAGCCAAGAACGAUUACCAGACAGAUGGUCUGAAACACUUUUAUAUCUGACAUUGCAAAAUUAAAAUUUCUCCAGUCCAUCACAAGAUCUAUGUUUCGCAGACAUUUCAAUGAGCUUAUUUAGGGACAUUUUGGCACUGGUUUUCAUGUGGCAGUCUUUUUGUGUAUUUAUACGGUAGUAAAUACUUUUAAAUUGUUAUGUUUUUUCUUCACAAAGAAAAUGCAUAACUUAAAUCUCAGUAUCCCCCUGGAGUGUUGAGGUAUUUAUGUAUUUAAAAAAGCAUUUACACUUAUUCUGUGAAGAUUUGUUCAUAUGUCACAAAGACAUAUUUUUUUUCAGCAAAUGAAAGUGUCAGUAUCAGCUAUAACUUGGUAAUUAUGAAUUUUUUUAUGUUAACAAAAUUAGAUUUAUGGUACCGUUAUGAUGAAGUUAAAAUAGAAUAUUUGUCAAACUUGUUUGUAAUCAUUUAUUGGUCGAAGAAAGAGAAUACAUUUAUUUUGUCAUUUAAUGUGUUUAUGCUCACUACAUACAUAAUAAACAGCAAUAAAAUGAAGUAUCUUUAUGAAUUUUUACAAACAAGAUCCUUUCCUUUGACAUGCAUCUACAUAGCCAUUGGCAAAUAGUAAUAUUAUAUAUACCUCAUUGAUUCAAUAUAUCAUGUUUAUUUAAUUGCUGUGUUAAUUAAUAAAUAGACAAAAUACACAAAAGUCAUGUCAAAAAUCAACAGCUGAUUUUUGUCUGGUUUCAUAUGUUAUGGUGUGUGCAUAAUAAAUCGCAAGAUUGCUUGUUUGAUAUUAUAUUUAUCUCAUGUGCCAAUAUUCCUUUUUGCCAUAUCAAACAAAAAUAGCAAAGCUUAAUUUUAUUAAUUUUGUAUUUUUUAUGCCAACUUUUAUUUAUAAUAAAAAGCAAUUUAA